CACAAAUGAGGCCGAAACGUCGCAGGUGGUGAAAUCAACGUGAAAUGACGCUCCGCCUUCGAAUACUGCACCGGCUAGGCUUUAUACGACCCGGAUCUCGGCGGCCGCUUAUUCCCAAGUUUGGAAAUUCCUGUUCUUAUUGGCUGACGGUUAAGGGAAAAGGUGGACCCGGCUGAAUCAUCGUUCUGUGGUGUCCUUAUAUACCGCACCUCAUCGUCUCGAUGAAUCCACUCAAACGAGAUGUCUAUCCCUACCACCGCACGCCAGUACAUUCUGCCCACGCUUGGGUCCUACAACAACCUCGUACUCACCGACGUGACGGUGCCCAAGCCAAAGCCCAACGAAGUGCUACUCAAGGCGCAUGCAGUGUCACUGCAGUACCGCGACCUGCUCGUCGCGACUGACAGAUACCCUGGUGGCGAUAUGCCCGCGAACCUAAUCCCUUGCUCCGAUGUCGCGGGUGAGAUCGUGGCGAUCGGGGAAGACGUGAAGGGCUGGAAAGUCGGCGACCGCGUGUGCCCGAACUUCAUGCUGGAGAAGCUGCAUGGGGACCACACGACCCCGGCGAUUGCUGCGACCGCACUGGGUGGAGCGGUGGAUGGAACGUUGACGGAGUACCGGAAUUACCCCGCUUCGUCUCUGGUCAAAAUCGCCGAUCACUUGACAUACGAGGAAGCAUCGACUUUGCCAUGUGCUGCUCUCACGGCUUACAAUGCUCUGAUCGCUGGCUACGAGCCUCUCAAAGCGGGCGACACUGUUCUCAUCCUCGGUACAGGUGGUGUUUCGAUCUUUGGUCUCCAAUUCGCUCUGGCCUCGGGCGCGACAGUCAUCGUGACUUCUUCCUCUGAUGAGAAGCUCAAGGUUGCAACCAAGUUGGGAGCCCACCAUGUCAUCAACUACAAGACGAACACCAAGUGGGACGAGGAGGUGCUCAGGCUCACCAAUGGGGUGGGUGUUGACCAUGUCAUCGAGGUCGGAGGCAACGGAACCCUCAUGCAAUCAGUCAACUCGAUCCGCAUGGGUGGCUCUAUCAGCAUCGUCGGUUUCGUCGGCGGCAACACGCCUCCCCCGGAUCUGAUCGCGCUGUUCAUCUGGAAGUCCCUCAAGAUCAGGGGACUGUACGUCGGCUCGGUCCAGCAAUUUGCGGACAUGAACAGGCUCAUGGCCGUGAAUCAGGCCGUCACGCGCCCCGUGGUCGACAAGGUGUUCCCGUUCGAGGAUGCCAAGGCUGCCUAUGCCUACCUGGAGUCACAGGCGCAUGUCGGCAAAGUCGUCAUCAAGGUCAAUUGAACGGGCAGCAUCUACUACGUAGUAACAAUUCAAUGUAUACAUCAUAUCACAAAAAAGAACAGUUUUCUGGAUUGAAAAGAUUCAAGACUGAGUUGUGGAAACCAGAGGUGACUUGCGGAACACCCAGUGCGUGGGCUGCCCUGGUGGGAGCUUGUGCACGCGCGGGCGAAGGUGAACACCAUCUAUCCGUCAUCUUAUGUGGCAAUCUAUCUCGCCGAUCGACACCGCCUGGGCGCAUCUUACUCGAGAGAAACGACCACGGACCCCAUCUGUGUAGUGGCCUGCCAGCCUCCAUCUGCGGCGCAUUCGAUACGAUCAAGCUCCUACUUGUUUUGGGUCGUGCGAGGGCGGUCGAUUGGAGAGCGCCGUUCGCCUAUUAUAAGGCGGAGCGGGCAAUGUUGGCAGGACGUGGAGCUCGGGCAACCACGGGCGCAGCAGGUGGCGUUUCUCGGCCACUCGUCGCUUGGGGGAUGAAGCGUCUACAGAUGGUCUCCAAACAGCUUGAUAUCCUGCCACAUCGUGCCUCCGCCCAAGGAUGGUCAUCGGUAUCUGCAUCGCAAACUGCACUCGCACCGCAAUUUCUGGAUUCGGGGGCCCCUUUCAGACUGAUGGUGCUCACGCGCGCUUUGCCUGAUGCUGAUUUCGACAUGCACUGGCUGAAGCGCCACAGAUUGCUUCCAGGUAUGGAGAUUUUUCAAUCGCCUGAAGAUUCGUCCUAUCUGAGCGGCACUAAAGAGCUUCAGUAGAUGAUCAUCGGUGCUGGUGAGAGGACAGGCAAUGGUCGUGG